AUGUCCAGUUCAACUUACGGCGGGAAGGGCCCUGUUCCAGAUCUGGCCGACAGAUAUAGCGGUGUACCUUCACGGCUAUCACAAGAAGCCAUCGAGGCCAAGUCAAAGCUUUUCUCUCAGAAAACACUUCCUGACAGUGUAGCACGACGACGAAGUGCCCUACCCCCCGGGGUGUCGAAAGAGACUUUCCAAAAGGCGGUGGCUGAAUUGCAGAGCACCAUCGGCAAGGAGAAUGUUGAGCUCAACGACAAGCCACUCGUGGAUGGGUGGUACAUGGAACAUCCUAACACGCAUGAUGCUUAUCACAUUGUCGAACAAGAAGAGCUCAUAGCAAGUGCUAUAGUGUACCCUUGUGGCACCGAGGAGGUGCAAAAGGUUGUGCGAUGGGCAAAUCAAUACAAAAUCCCCGUCUAUCCAAUCUCGAUGGGCCGCAACAUCGGCUAUGGGGGUGCUGGUCCACGAAUUCCGGGUGCCGUGGUUAUCGAUCUGGGCCGACGUAUGAACAAGAUCCUCAAUAUCGAUGCGGACAAUGCGUCCUGUAUCGUCGAGCCAGGCGUAUCAUACUUUGCCCUUUACGAAGAGAUCCAACGACGGAAACUGCCUCUCUGGAUCGAUUGUCCCGACCUUGGGGGUGGCAGCGUUCUUGGUAAUGCUAUUGAUCGUGGAGUUGGGUACACACCAUAUGGUGAUCACUUUGCAAAUCACUGCGGCAUGGAACUCGUUCUACCAACCGGCGAGGUCCUCCGCACCGGCAUGGGAGCUAUGCCAGGCAAAGACGGAGCCGACAAUCCAACAUGGCAAUCUUUCCAGGCGGCAUAUGGCCCCUAUAUCGAUGGCAUCUUCUCCCAAUCCAACUAUGGAAUCAUUACGAAAAUGGGUUUUUGGCUCAUGCCCGAGACAGGCCACCAGAGCUACAUGAUUACCUUCCCACGCGAAGAAGACUUUGAGCAGAUUGUCGAGAUCAUUCGACCACUGGCCCAAAAACGUAUUCUCGGCAACAUUCCUCAACUACGACACGUCAUCCAAGAGCUUGCCGUUACGGGCAAGCCUCGUUCGCACUGGUACACAGGUCCUGGCCAGAUGCCACGUGAAGUGAUUCGGGAGAAAGCAUCAAAGCUACCUUGCGGGGACGUGUCGUGGGUCUUUUACGGCACACAGUAUGGCGACGAAGCGUCGAUUGCGUCACAACUCAAGCUCAUCAAGUCAGAAUUCGGUCGCAUCAAGGGUUCCAAGUUCCUCCUUCCCUCCGACGUUCCUUCCGACCACUACUUGCAUUCCCGGGUGGCCGUGUGCAGCGGCGUCCCCGUGCUCAAAGAACUCGACUGGCUGAACUGGCAGCCCAAUGCAGCCCAUUUGUUCUUCAGCCCCAUCUCGCCCACCAAGGGCCGCGACGCCAGCAUCAUCCACAAGAGCAUCUGCCGCCUUCAUACCAAGUAUGGCUUCGACGUAUUCCCUACAAUGUGUGUGGCUGGCCGCGAGAUGCAUUACAUCUCAAACAUUGUGUAUGACCGCGCAGACCCGGACGCCAAGCAACGUGCCACGAGCCUCAUGCGCGAAAUGAUCCGCGAGGCCGCCAGGGAAGGGUACGGCGAAUAUAGAACGCACUUGCUCUUUGCUGAUCAGGUUGCCGAGACGUACAGUUGGGGCGGAGGCGCGCUGAGGAAGUUCAAUGAGAAGGUGAAGGACGCUUUGGAUCCUAACUCCAUCCUCGCACCUGGCAGGAAUGGAAUCUGGGGGAAGAGGUUCAGAGGGAAGGGAUGGGAGAUCUUGGAUGGAGAUGGGAGAAAUAUUCUGAAGGAAGGCGUUAGUCCCAAACUGUGA